AUUCUAAACCAUUAGUUGUAAAAUUAGUUUCGAGCAAAUUGAGUUUCCUUAAAACCUAGAGACUUUGCAUAAAUAUUUACUUUUGAAUCAUUUAAGUUGGCAUUUCAUUGAAGUUUCCUCAAAAUAAUGAAAACGUCUUGUAAUGAUAGCAUCUUGUAACAUGAUGUUUUCGCUGAAUUCACUUGAUGCUUCACCCUUCAACUGGAGCUAUUGAAAAUAGAAUGCCAUGUAAAAUCUGUCAAUCCAUGGAGUCCAACCUUUACUCAGAUGAAACUCUGGUCAUCAAUUGUAUGCGUCACUUGAAGAAAUUGUUUGAUUGGCUUUUGAUUCUUAAAAAGGGUUACCAUCAAGAUGCGCCAACAGUACCCAAGAAGACCAUCUAUCGACUAGCCGCUGCUCGCUCGUUGACCUAUUUGGUUACAUUUCGAAUGAUCUUUUGCCUUUCCAUUGAUGAUGUUCACUUGAAGUAUCUACUCGGGUAUCCUUACAAGGAAAAUGCUGAAGGAGUUCUUCUUUCUAUUCUCAUGUCUUUAACUUACAUUUUAUUUUCAUUGCUUCGUGAGUUGGUCUAUUACUUUGAGUCGAACGGUAAAAUGGCCGUCACAGUUGAAUUGAAUUACUUGUUGGCACUAACACCGGGACAACUCCAUUCACUCUCUAGAUUAAAAGUAUUUAUCCGUUACAUGAAGUACUUCCUGCCCAAUUGGAUUGCUUUAUUUUACUUUUUCCUUUGCAUGACACCGAUAUUCUCAAUUCAAAUUCGACUGAUUAACCCUGACAUUUGGACAAACCAUGUCUACAUUAUUUCGAGUAUCAUAUGGAUGAUACCUGAAGCGUUGACCAUAGUUUACGUUGUCGGUGGUUUGAUUAUAUUUUUUGGGCACGCAUUGAUGUUUUUAAUGAUCUAUUACAGUAGACUUUGUUACCUGUUGCACCAGUUUGGUCGACUUGUUGAAAUGGAAUGUUCAACAACUCAGGCCAAUGAACUUUUAAUCAAAUUGAAUUAUUCGUUUAUCAAGUUUCUCAACGAUAUAACAAAACAGGCCUACGAUGUGAGAUAUGUCUGGUUGUACAUGUUGCUACUCGCAUGUGGACUCAACAAUACCUGCCUCUAUUGCGGGACCAUUAAACAGAUCAAGCCAAUUAUACUGGCCUUUUCAUUGACAAUUUAUGGCGUUUGUGAGUUUGUUAUUUCAGCCAUUGCUAUUCACAAGGCUGGUGAAAUCAUUGAAAAGAUUUAUGCAAUCCAUAAUCACUAUAUAAAAUUAUCGUUAAAAUUGAAAACUCGCCUGGAUACAAGGUUAAAGGUUCUUGAGAUAUUACAGCGGAUAAUGAGUCCGAGAACUUGUCCAACUAUCGGAGACUUUUUCGAGAUCAAGAAAAGUGUUGUCAUGACUUUUAUAAUGGAAAAUAUUUGUCUAAUAUUGCUGAUAACUGUUAAUGCAAAUCGGUAGCAACACUUGUUACUCUCAAAAACGAUCCAGUUUCAGCAGAAUGAUUCGCAAUACCAAGCGGCUCUUCAAUAAACUACAAUUUUCAUUCAGUUUCAUUGCUUAAUUAACCAAUAAGGUUAAUAAUAAUCUUCAAGUUAAAAAUUUACUUUUUUCUUGCUUAUUCCGAUUUUUGAACAAAUUGGAAAA